GAAGGGAGGGGGUGGUAGUAAUGAUUGCCUAUGUGAUACUUUUGGCAGUAUUGGUAUAAGUUAUACAUAUAUAUUAAUGUACAACAGAUAAUGGUGUGGGCAACAUGUGACUCACCAGCUGCAGUCGAACUAUAAGUACCAGCAUGUCGUACCAGUAACUAGCAUGGGAUUCUGGGACUUUUAGUUCCACAGAAGCUGGAGAAGCUCUAGUCAUGAGGCCGACGCCAUGUUCUCGGACUUAGCUGUUGGCCAGGAACCUGGUCUUCUGACGCCCCCCUCUGAUGUCCCCUCCACCUUCUCCAGAGUGUCCAGUGCCCGAUAUGCCAACUGUUCCAAGAAUUUUUCGCUGGGAGACCGCAACUUCACCCGCCAGUAUGCCCACAUCUAUGCCACCCGGCUGCUGCAGAUGAGGCCCCUCCUAGCAGAGCGUGCAAGGAAGAAAUGGGGUGAGGACAUCGCUGUGCGGAAAUUAUGUGAGCUUCAGGGUGCAGAGAGGUGCUGUGUGGUGGGAACUCUGUUUAAAUCCAUGGAGCUGCAGCCGUCCAUCCUGCGUGAGAUCAGUGAAGAGCAUAAUCUCCUGCCUCAGCCACCGAGGCAAAAAUACAUCAGUGACUCUGAUGAGCUUAUACUGGAGGACGAGCUGCAGAGGAUUAAACUAGAGGGGUCUGUAGAUGUGCAGAAGUUUGUAACAGGUGCUGUUAUAGCAGUCCUUGGCUCUGAAGAAGAUGCUGGGAAGUUCAUGGUGGAAGAUUUCUGCUUGGCUUCUCUUCCCGAACAAUUGCCUUUUCCAGAUUUGCAUGAAGACAGGUAUGUGCUGCUGACGUCCGGUUUGGGCCUAGGAGGAGGCAGUGGAGACAGUUUGCUGGGCCUGCAGCUGCUUCUGGACUUGGUGACGGGGCAGGCUGGAGCCGAGGAGGAGCAGAGCUGUGCAGCUCGGAUAUCUCGCGUCAUACUAGCUGGAAACCUGCUCAGCGAGAACACACAGAGCAAAGAUUCUUUACAUAAGGCGAAAUAUCUCAGUAAGAAGACUCAGGCUGCCAGUGUGGAGGCUGUGAAGAUGCUGGAUGAGAUCCUCCUCCAGCUCAGUGCCUCUGUGUUUGUGGAUGUAAUGCCCGGCGCCUUUGAUCCGACAAACUACAUCCUUCCACAGCAGCCCCUGCACCGCUGCAUGUUUCCCCAGUCGACACCGUACUCCACCCUACAACUGGUGACAAACCCUUAUGAAGCCGAGAUAGAUGGCAUCAGGUUUCUGGGCACAGCUGGUCAAAACAUCAGCGAUAUAUAUAAGUACAGCAAAAUGCAGGAUUACCUGGAGAUCCUGGAAUGGACGCUGCAGGUGGGGCACUUGUGUCCUACUGCUCCGGAUACGCUGGGGUGUUACCCAUACUACCAAUCUGACCCCUUCAUCCUGAAUACCUGCCCACAUGUGUACUUUUGUGGAAGUGCCCCCAAGUUCAGUUGCAAAGAAGUCACAGGAGCUGAGGGCCAACGCGUUCUGCUCCUGACUGUGCCGGAUUUCAGCAGCACGCAGACAGCCUGUCUGGUAAACCUUCAUACCCUGCAGUGCCAACCAAUCAGCUUCUCCGGAUUCAGUGCAGAUGACGAGUCAAGCGACUGACCCAGCGUCCGCAUCUCCUAAGACUGAGAUUGCCUGCAUCAUAUGAAUUGAUGCAGAAGAGACAGAAGAGUGCACUCUGCAGAUUCCCACUAAGUAGUGUCACACGGGUCUCACUGUCCAAACACUUACACCAGUUGUUUAUGUUAUAGGACACACAAAGUGCUCUGAUUGUAUUCAUUAGCUCUGUUCACACUCUGUUCCCUGUAGGACGGACUAAAGCAGUGUUUAGACAUGCGUCAUUUUACUCCCAUGUGCAUGUUGUCUUACAGGUGUUACAGUAUGCAUUUGUGUAGAAGUAAUAUUUUCAUCAGUUGGUGAUACAUUGCAUGGAGUAUUCCUGUACCUAUGUUUUAUACCACUUUUCCAUUGGAACACUCUGACAUAUGUAUCCACACUUUAUAAUGUAUGCAAAAGUGUAACGUUCCUUGACCACGUAUUAUGGGCCCUACAUAUUUGUCGAUCCACCGCCGAGCUGCCCGACGGCGGAUACGGGGGGCAGUGACGGGGGGAGUGAAGUUUCUAAACUCCCCCCGUCACCCGGCUCCAUAGCAGUGUAGGCAAAUAUGGACGAGAUCGUCCAUAUUGGCCUGCAUGCACAAGCGACGGGACACCAGCGACGAACGAGUGUGGGGCCGCGCAUCGUUCAUCGCUGGUGCCUCCACACUGAAAGAUACGAACGGUAUCUCGUUCAUUAAUGAACGAGAUCGUCCAUAUCUUUCAGUAUUCUCGCCCAGUGUGUAGGGCCCAUUAGAGCUGAGCUGAUUACUGAAUUUGAAUUGAAUCAUCAGGAAUUCCAGGAGAAAUACUGAGGGGUAAAUGUAUGAAGCAGUGAUAAGAGUGGAGAACCAAUCAGCACUGAAGUAACAUUUAUUAUUUGCAUGCUAUAAAAUUAUACAGAGCAGCUGAUUGGUUGCCAUGGGCAACUUCUCCACUCUUAUCACUGCUUCAUACAUUUACCUAUAAAUGUGUUACAGAGCCUUGAAGGAAAGCUGUGAUUUUAAGAUAUCGCAGAUUUAAUGACGCAAGCCUAAUGUUACAUGAUAGGUGCACUCUACCUUAGAACCGAUCUCUAGGUGAAUUAUUUGUUUACUUUCUAUGAUAUUUUGUAUUUUUUUAUACAUAUGAAAUGGGGCGAGAUAAUAAAACCUUCUCACUCAGCUGUAA